UUCUUCUUCAGCUCUUCUGCCUGUCUUGUUAAGGUCGGCUGCGGUCAAUAGAAGGAUUUAACUAUUCUCUGAUUAAAUUUUCUAACCUUCCUCUAAUUUUAAAGAAAAUGAGUGCCUGGAGAGCAGCAGGAUUGAACUACAUCCAGUACUCUAACAUUGCCGCCAAGCUUUUGAGGCGAGCAUUAAAACCUGCUGCAAAAACUGAUGCCAUGAAGAGAGACGAGUCAUUUGUCAGGUUCACACCUUGGAAGGACGGAAAGGCAGUCACUGACAAGCCAUAAUUUGACCAUCAUGGAUAAUCCUCAACACCCGGCAGCAGCUAAGUCCAAAGCCAGCGAUCUCCAUCUUAGAUAAUCUUCAUUUGUAACCAUUUGUGGCAGAAUUAUUAUUACUUUGUACCUGGGACUGUCUCAAGCAGAUAGUGAUAUGAUUCUGCAACAAAAACUGUUUGUUCUGUAAUAAAAUUUGUUGCCUAUA